AUGGCCGGCCGUGAGCGAGGCCAGCCAGCCAAGAGGCUCAGAGGCCAUGCCCUGGACUUGGCAAGGGGCACGGCCGAGCAAAAGGAAAGGGUUGAAAGAGGAGAAAGCUCCCUCGCAACAGGGUUGCUGUCCUUGUGGGCUCAUGGGAACAUAGCAGCCACGACCAUGUGUUGGUUGGCCCUCCUCGCCACACUGGACGGGGUGGAGCACGAGGAAGUUGUAGCCUUGGCCAAGGCUGGCAACUUCGGGCAAGUUCCCGGCAACUGUGCCAGGGACGUGACGAGAAGGUUUUGCAGUGCUAGCCGUGUGCCAGAGCCUCUGCAGGUGCCCAUCCCGGUCUUGGACCCUAAAACAAACAAGGACUCGACUGAAGAUGCCGGAAUCAUGUUGCCACACAUGGUCUUCAGUACCCUCGCAAUAGGGUACCCGGCAAUCUUCGAGUCUUUGGGCUUGGACAAGCUCGAAGCUUUUUGGAACAGUGCCCUCGCAACAGGGGACGACCGACUGGAGAAUGUACCUGCCCUCAAAGGCAGGGACUGGAAGAGGAAGGUCGUCCCGCUGUUCGUUCACGGGGACGGUGUGGAGUACCAGACCAGGGACAGCCUUAUGGUGUGGUCUUUCGGAAGUCUUCUGAGUCUUUUCUCCGAUAGUCUGAUGAAGCACUUCCUCAUGGCAAUGUUCCCUAAAAUAGCGACCUCAGCGAGCACCUGGCCUGGAAUCAUGAAAUGGCUAGUCUGGAGCUUCGAUGCCCUCGCCAAAGGGUACCACCCCAAAAAAGGGCCUGAGAACGAACCCUUGAAAAAGGGUUCGGUGUUCGAGAAACUGAAAGGCCAACCGCUCACUCCUGGCCAUCACAAAGGCAUCAUUUGGUCCCUGCAAGGGGACCACGACUUUUUCAGCAAUGUAGUGGGACUGCCACACUGGCAGUCCCACUACCCGUGCUGGGAGUGUGAUGCUUCCUUGAAAGAGGAAGCAGCACGACAUGGCAAAUGGGUCAAAGAAAUCGAGCAGGACAAGCAAAACUUCGUUCGUGUCACCUCGAAGCAGGCAGCACGGCACCCGAGGUCUGCCCAUCCUCUCUUCACCCUGGACGGUGUGACCACUCGCCUUGUAAGAGGCGACGGGCUCCACAUUAUGUUCACGAAAGGCAUAUAUGCCCACCUGUUGGGCUCGGUGUUACAUUUUUCUGUUGGUGGGACGAGCCCGGCCACGCUCGGGCUUUUGUGGGCAGCAAUUCAAAGGGAAUACACGGCUCUGCGAGUAGAAACCCGUGUAACCAAUUUGAGAUUGAGUAUGUUCACCAAUCCAAAAACGCCAUGGGCUGUCACUCCUUUCUUGGAGUGUAAGGGUGCCGAGAACAAACACUUGCUGAAGCCACUCGCAACAGUGGCUAGGAAGCUGCUCGACACGACCGAGCCUGUGCAAUGCUCUAUGCUGUCCGCCUUGGAGUGCAUGUCGGACCUCGUCGAAGUCUUCGAUGAGGCCGACAUGUUCCUUGCAGACAAUGAGUUUCGCAAGGCAGAAAGCCUCGCAAAAGGCUUUCUCGACAGCUACAGCUUCCUGAACCAGUGGUCCCUUGAAAAGGGUACCCUGGAUUCAGGAUUGUAA